AGCAUGCUUUACGCAAUGAAAAACAAAGAUGGAUUUUCAGGAAACUCUGCGGCUGACGUGAGGUUUUAUCAGGAGUGAAGCGAUGAAUUGAGCAACACGAAAAACUGCAUUUUCACGACUGACAACCGUCCGCUUUGGUUUAAAAUAAUUAUAGCCGAUUUUCAAAGUCAGAAAUAGAACAAAAUGCCUUCUCCUAAAGCAAAAAACAGCGCCAGUCGCGGAGGAAGUGGGAGCCCAGGUCUUAGCAGCAGCUCCAACGGCAACGGACGCUACGAGUUCAUGUCGCUUAACCGAUCACCUGUACCGACUCUCCUCCAACGGCAGGGCUCAGACCCAACCGCUGCAGCGAGACUGCGGGCUUCCGAGAGCCCUACCCGGAGAAGGGGCUCUGGGUCUUCCACCUCCUCCAACACAGGCAUGCCCGAAGAGGAUUGUAUGCGGCUAAACCCUUCCUUUAUCGGGAUAGCCCUGAGCUCCCUCCUCGCCAUUGACCUGUGGCUUUCAAAGCGGUUGGGUGUGUGUGCCUGUGAAGAUUCCUCCUGGGGCAGCAUUCGACCAUUGAUGAAAUUGAUUGAGAUUUCUGGCCAUGGAAUACCAUGGCUCGUAGGGACAGCUUACGGCCUGUACAAGGCUGACAGUGCCGCAGGACAAGAGGUUAUGCUCAACCUCUUUAUGGCUCUCCUUCUAGACCUGAUCCUCGUCGGCGUGGUGAAAGCAGUCGUCCGCCGCCGCCGCCCUUCCCACAACCGCAUGGACAUGUUCGCUACCUUCUCCGUGGACCGCUACUCCUUCCCCUCGGGGCACGCCACCCGCGCCGCCAUGUGUGCCCGCUUCCUGCUCGCCCACCUGGUGCUGGCCGCCCCCCUGCGGGUGCUGGUUCUCUUGUGGUCGGGUUUGGUGGGGCUGAGCCGGGUGCUGCUGGGCCGACACAACGUGACCGACGUGCUGUUCGGCUUCCUGAUGGGCUACUGGCAGUACAACCUAGUGGAGUUGCUCUGGGUGUCAUCGCUGGGCCUGCAGGGGAUGUUGGGACUCGUCCAGGGAUGAGGACCGACCGUUACGGAGGGCCUAGUUGGUGGGAGACCGGCCCCCCGACUCCAUGUAUUUGAAACAUUGAUUGAUCCUGCCACACUGGUCACCGUCACCUGUUCAACACCAACAACUGCAACAAAGACUGCCACCUUCCAAACCACCCACCCACCAAUCACAGGUACCUGCAACCAGAGGCCCUUAUGCAGGAGGAGCUAUACUUGACCGCAUUGCAUUACAACACAGUGCUGCUGCAAGGCCAGGAAACGCUUUCCAUUCUACUGUAAUUAGCUGUUAAAAACGGGAAUGUUGUGUGUGUGAGCGUGUGUGAGCGUGUGUGGAAAGGAAUAUUGCCAUGGUGUUCUAAGCCGGGGGCGUAGUAUUGCCCCGAUUACAAUAUCUCUAGGGACAGUGGAUUACCUCAAUACGCUGGUCUUUUAGUUGUGUAAGUUUGGGGCUCUGCAGUUCUGAAAGAGAAGUGUGUGUGUGUGUGUGUGUGUGUGUGUGUGUGUGUGUGUGUGUGUGUGUGUGUGUGUGUG